AGAAAGGAAGGGGAAAGAGGGAAGAUGGGGGAAAACGGAGAACAGGAAGGGAGACAGAGGACGAGGGAGAAGAAGAGAGGGGGAGGAACAACGCUAUGGAGCUUGGCGCCGCUGCCGAGCUGCUGUCGCAGAGAAGAAAGGGAGAGGCGAACGUGACCCACGGAGGAGAGGAAGGAGCUGCCGUCGAGCCACGCCCCUUUGCCUUGUUCGUGUAUCGCCGUUGCUGUUCGCUGAGGGUGAGACGCGAAGAGAAGAUGCUGACCUGCACCAUCGUGCCUCGCUAUCUUCGUCGAGCCUUCAUCAUUGUCGCUCCCUAUUCCCGUUGCCAUCAGCAUUUGCUGCCGCUGCCAUUGAGAGUGACGCAGCAGAGGAGGAGUCGUUCCUCUUCCGCCGCUGUCGCCGGAGACCUUGGUUGCUGCUGUUCAUAUGGGGGAGAGAAGCGGCUGCACCAUCCUCUUCGUUUUGACAUUGAACCUCUAUUCCUAACCCUAAUUGAUGCUGCUGCCGCCGUCUCGGUUGCGUUGAAAUCGCCGCUACAGUUGCCAGUUUAGACUAAGCAGGGAUUGUUGCGUUAAACUAUGCGAUUGCGACAUCGAGGAUGGGCCGCAAGGGAAAGGAGAAAGCCAACCCCUUGGCUUGCCCUCCUCCCAUGCCUCCCAGUGACCGUCCAGACACUUUCAUCAAUUCUGAGGCCCAAGAACAAUAUAAGAAGCUAGAAAAAUGUGCCUUUCAUUAUGAGAGGAAGCUUAACUUGCCCGAGAAAUAUGCGGAUACAAUACUUGACAGAAUAAAUUUUUAUCAUUGGGGAUUCGUAAAAUCCAACCCAGUGGAAGUAAAUGAACACCAGGUCAAGGAAUUUUAUGCCAAUCUCCUCAAGAGGGAUGCCCAAACCGUUUUCUUAAGAGGUGUCACCAUGAACACCUCUAAUACUACUUUAGAGGGCCUCUUGGACAUUCCGCAUAUUCCUCCGGCCAGGGACGCUUAUACUCAAAUAAUGACGGACAUCACCAAGGGCAAAAUUUCUCUGGAUGCGGUCCUGAAAAAGAUUGGCCAGCCUGAGGCUAGGUGGGAAUAUAGCAAGGGAGAGCAGCCUGUCCCCGCGAGCAUUGCGUGCAUGGACCUCAACCCAGAGGCAAGGAUUUGGCAGCACAUCAUUGCCGAUUAUAUCCUUUCGAGCAAGCAUGCCACGCAUAUCAGGAUUUGUGUGGCAGUGAUACUAUAGGCCAUUCUGGAGGGGAAGUGGAUCUCUGUUCUUCCCCUCAUCAGAGAGUCGAUGAUGAAGGUGAACAUACAGUAGAAAUUUAACAUUCCCUUCCCAUCACUCAUCACCAGAUUAGUAGCCUUAUCUGGUGUAGAGAGACGCCCAACUGACCGGACGUCUGUCUACAUUAGUAAGCAGCUGUAUCUGCCAUACGAAGAUUAUGACGGGCCGCCUCAGAAGAAGAGGAAGACUAUUGAGCCUCCAUCAGCAGCAGCAGAGCCUUCGGCACCUCCUUCAGCACCCGCACCCGUACCCUGACCUCUGACACCAUAUGAGUUAUGCCGGGACAUCCUUCAGGCCAUCUACCAAUCCGAGCACCGCAACGCUUGCCACUUCUAGUAGAUAGUGGCGAAGUUUGAGGGUAGAGACCCUGGGCCACCUCCUCCAGAUACACCAGAGCCUGAGGCCGAGGAGCCUGCAUCUGAGGAGCCAGUAGCUGAAGCUGGCCAGGUAGUUCAGCCACCUGAGUAGAGACCUAAGGAGCCCACAAUGGAGGAGGCAGUGGUUGAGAGUGCUGAGGAGCAGAGAGCCAAGGAGCCGAGAGUAAAGGAGCCAGCAGCUGUAGCCGAGCCAAGAGUUGAGUCCACACUACGACCAUCCAGCGCCAUUAUUGUCUACCAGCGCCAUCACCACCCACCACUGCCAGGCGGUAGAGCUUCACAUGAUUGACCUCUCCUAAUUAAUUUCUUUAUCACUGAGGACAGUGCAUGACUUAAGUGUGGGGGAGGAUCUUCUAUUUUUGGGUGUAAAUAUUCUCUCCUGAACACUCUCAUUUAGUUACUUUCAGUUUUUAUUAUGCUUUUGUGGAUAUUGACAAUACUUUACUUUUUCAUACUGCUUAGUACUUUUGGUAUAUAUAUAUAUAUAUAUUAGUUGCUUUUAGUUA